AUGAAAGAGUACCCAUUACCACCGAAUGUGGAAAUGCUCCCUGAUGAUGUUUUAUUAUAUCCUUCAACCAUCGCUUUCAUUGAUGGUCAGGUUGAAAAAGAUCCGGAAAAUGUUAGAAUGGCUGAAGGUGAUUAUAUCAUGGCUCGUUUGGUCAAAAAUGAACGUGUCACCGCACAUGACCAUUUCCAAGACGUUCGCCACAUUGAAUUAGAUGUCGAUGAUCCCGAUAUGAAUUUUAAUCCUGGAGAUGUUGCUGUACUCUACCCAAUGAAUCUUCCUGAAGACGUAGACGAAUUUCUCGAGUUGUUAAAUUUGUCUGAUACCGCAGAUGAUACUUUUAUUCUUGUGCCCAAUGAUGAGGUACCUCCUCAUCUGAAUCGAACACUGACGUUGAGGAACCUCUUUGAAAAUCACUUGGACAUAUUUAGCACACCUCGUAGAUCAUUCUUUGAAUACUUAUCUUUCUUCACAACUAAUGAAGAUCACACUGAAAAGUUGAGAGAAUUUUGCUCUGCAGAGGGUCAAGACGAGUUAUACGCGUAUAAUCAACGCGUUCGACGCACAAUAGCUGAGGUGCUUCAAGACUUUUCUUCAGCGAAAAUACCCUUGGAAUAUAUACCCGACAUAUUUCCCCCAUUACAACCUCGACAAUUUUCGAUAUCGUCCUUUUUGAAAGUACACCCGGGGAAAGUUCAUCUGACGGUUGCCAUAGUAAAUUACAAAACCCGGUUGCACAAGCCUAGGACAGGUGUUUGCACGAAAUGGCUGUCGGGUCUGAAACCAGGAUGCAUUAUUCCGAUUAAAAUUACGCGUGGUACAAUGAAAUUACCGGCCUCUGUUUCUACUCCGAUUAUUCUCAUUGGCCCAGGAACCGGUGUUUCAGUCAUGCGAGCUUUUGUGCAACAACGUGUAUCAGAGGGCGCAACAGAGAACUAUUUAUUUUUCGGAUGUCGAAACCGCGACAAGGAUUAUUAUUAUAAGGAUGAAUGGGAGAGAUAUGCUAGAGAGGGCCAAUUGAAAGUAUUUGCGGCAUUCUCCAGGGAUCCGAACGAGAAAAUUUAUGUCCAAAAUAUUCUCAAGGAAAAUGCUCAGCUGGUGUGGGAGAUCGUGCAUGAGAGAGAAGGACACAUAUAUGUCUCGGGGAGGUCAGACAAGAUGCCAACAGACGUCACGAAUGCUUUCAAGUCAAUAUUUAUUUCUGAAGGCGGGAUGACCGAUGAAGAUGCCGAUAACUAUAUAACUUUAAUGGAAAGAACAGGAAGAUAUCAACAAGAAGUCUGGUGA